AUGGAGGUACUCGAAGAGGGUAAUUUAAUGGAUCGUGUUCCGAUUCUGUUGCAACGUGAUUUGGAAUUUUAUCAGACUCAUCAGCGUGUGCUUCAGGAGCCAAUUUGCUCGGGCGUAGUGGGCGGUAAACUUGAUUUUCCACGGUGUGCAUCCUUUGCAUCUAUCAAAUUGAUUCGCUGGUGGGAGGAUGAGUACUUUGCCUCAUAUCGCAAGCCAUCGGGUCUGCUACAUACAGAAAAGGAGCUGACCGAAGGUGAUUUCAGUUCAGUAACGGUAAAGAGCUCGGAUCCCGAUAAGUUUGUCAACCUGGUGACCAAAUCAGCGGAUCUCCUUCUAGAGCACAUACAUCGUCUUUCCCAGGAAUCCCUGGAUCAUGCGGAUCUGUCGGUUCUCACGGCUACCAUAGGCGCGGCAGCGCUGGUUAAAAAUUGUCUUUCUGUUUACAUGCAAGCGGCUACUACGACUAUUUGUCCACCUAAGGGUGAUGAGAAGGGCGGGGCUCUGAAGCUCAGCUUUAAGCAAUACUCCCAAAUGUCUGAGGCGCUGGCCGAACGGUUGCUGGACCUGCACUGUCGCCUUCUGCUGCUCUAUAUAAUUCAAGAUGCCGACUGUCUGCACUGGGAGGAUGGCCAGCCUUUCUUCGAAUCGGAGCGAGGAUCAUACACAGUGCAAAUGUGGUGGCACUAUAUGCGUGGAACCAAAAACGAUCUGUGGAACUCCGUGCCGCCCAAAAUGGCACAACGCAUCUUUGCGGGAAUGUUGAACGAGACAUUAAGUGUUCUCACCGUGCGCUACACUCAAAUUGUAACCAGCGUGGCACGGGCUCCACUGCAUCUGGUGGACAUAUGUAAUCUGUUGCUAUGUAUUGCCGAACUGCUGCCUAAUGUGUGCGAAAGUGGAGAAGCCUAUGUAGGCCUACAACUGAGCAACCAGAGCGUGAUAUUGAGGGAUAUACAUGCUAAGUGCCGAGAACUUUUCUACUGCCUUCUAUUGCGCGGAUCGCCGCUCGGUGUACUCUCUAAGGUCUUUCGGAAGGGACUUGACAACAUGGAAAUGUUUAGCUCGCGUCAUGGACUUCCAAGUGCUUGGAUAAUUUUCACAUUACCGCGCUAUUUUCCAAAGGAGCAGUCCUGCCAGUGGGUCACCGAAUUUGCUGAUCUGACGACACAAACGGCCAUAUCACUAGAUUUGCGCGUGUUACUAGCUUUUCCCGAAGCCAACUGGCCUUACCUACUCAAAAUUUUGCUAAUGCGUGACGCUUUUUUGACAGGUAUUAUUAUGAAGCAUCUGAUGCAGCAUUUGCCCUCAUCGGAGAAUUUCAAGAAUGUAGCAAAGAAUUCUUUUACUGGCGGAGAUGGCACCCCAAUCAAGUGUGAAGCGUUCCUGUGCCGCGGCGAAUGCUUCAAUGUAACUGAUUCCCUGGCCGCUGAUUUAGAUCCUGUUGGUCAAUCGAACUAUCAGAUUGUUCUCUCUCUCACUUAUUUGAUUGUGGCCGUUGGCAAGGCCGUGGACAUCAAGUCGUGCCUCAUUAAGACGCUCGAGGAGUAUGGAAUGAGCGGUUGGAGCGACUGCUUGGACAAGCGCCAGAUCUGGAACCAGAAGCGAACGCCGUGGCUGGAGGCCACUAUGCACUUUGUUUAUCCCGUGCUCGACUGUGUGGUGGAUAUGUUGAUCAAUGCCGUGGAGAACGGAGCUAGCAUGUAUCAAGCGAUGUCGCUGGCCCUAACUUGUGUGUCCGAAAUAUGGGAUUGCAUACCGGAGGGACUAUACAAGAUCACCGCAUUGUUACAGGACAUAAUCCCAGUGUCAACGCGACCCCUCGGUGAUUCAGUUCUGCUCCAAGUGGUUUUUGCCGCGCUUUAUACUGAGCUUAUUCGAACAGCUGAAAUGCAUGAGCAGGCAAAGAACGAUAAAAAAGCAUCUAUUUGCUACUCUAUAUCUGAGGCCAUCUGUUCAAUAGAUGAGGAUGACAAGCACACGGAUCAAAUCGAGUUUUUCCUGAAACAGGCCAAGGAGAGUAUUAACCUGGAUGCAGACUUCGGCGGUAUCUCUACACGCGGAGCUGGGGGCCUCAGCGCUGUAAGCACUGUCAAAAUGGAUGACUUCGCCACUGCCGACUCGGAUCGCCUGAGUCACAGCCCACCGGCUAAUUACGCCAUGGAACUUGACGUAGGCAUUGCCGAUUACAUUCCAGAAGUUCUGGCUAGCGACGUGCUGACCACAAACAUAGGAAAACAGGCCUUAAAGGUGAUAUACAACUAUUUAAAGUUCAACAAGGAUUGGUUGAUGGAGCAGCUCGGUACGGGAGAGAACGAGCCGAGUCCUUUUCAGGGCGUGCAGGGCCAGAACAUUAAGGAAGCUAAAACAUCCGUGCUUAGGUCUAUGUUUUUUAUUGGGAAUACGCCUUUCGAUCAGCUACUCACCGGCUCUCUGAAGAUCGACUUUGUCAGCUGGUUGCAGACACCACUUUCACUUAAUCCGGAGCGAGCUUCGCUUCAUUUGUCGCGACGCUGCGACUUUCAGGAGGAGGCCAAGUUGUCGUUACCCGAGGUGGCAAUGGUCGCAGGCAUUACCAAGAUCAUGAAAAAGCGCAAGGACUUCGGCAAGUGA